UGAUUCUCCCUUUGUCUUGGACGUUCAUCGCCAUGUUCGCUGCGACCGAAUCUGGCGCGACUUCUCCGGUGUCUGGCCGGUGUCUCGCUUGUGGUCCACGACCUUGUCGAGCUUCUGAAGGACGUAAAGCAAGAUCAAAAUGUUCUGCGACUCUGCAGGCCACACCUGUGUUUCUCACGUACUCUGGCUGCGUGGCCUAGACUAGCGGUGGUGCGUUCCUUGCUGGCUUCCGAGCGCGCCCGAUGUUCGCUCAACGUGCUGCGACUAGCAGCGGUGUGUACUCGGACGCACAGCAAAGGAAAGAAGGUCUCGGAACCUGCGUGGACACGCCGGAAUGCAUCAGCGAAACGUCAUGAACUGCUUUUCGCCCGUCGAUCGCGAGCGUGGGAGCAUGUGGGGGACGAGUUCUGUCCGUCCGGGGCUAUAAGAGGGGAAGCAUUAUGGGCCCGUGGGGUACCCUCGCCUCUUGCCUCCCACCACCAUCGCCAUGUCCUCCCCCAACGGUCGCCGCCUCUCUGCUCGCAGGGGCUCCAACUCCGCCCCCGACCCCUUCGCGCGGCACCUGUCGAACGCGGGGCAGGCUCCCUCGAACAGCAUCCUUACCCUCGUCAAGGUGCCGGCUCAACUCGAGCCCACCAACGGCCAUGCUCACCGCAAGCGCGCGUCGUCCGACAUGAGCAACAGCCGCGUCAGCUUCGCACACUCCUCCUUUGAGCGUGCGCGUCCCGGCCAGCGUACCCCCUCCAGCCCAACCUCAUCCCCGCGAAUGCGGGCCAACUCCGGCUCCCGCGAGCGCACCCACUCGCUCUCCCUGUCCUCCAGGCCGAACCUCACCCCUGAUCAGCUCUACGAUCUCGUGAAGCACAACAAGCAGUUCCGCAGUCGCCCCCAGUCGAACGCGACGGAGAUGCCCCUCGAGCCCGCGACGUUCACCCCGCUCGCGGACUCAGUUUACCUCCCCUUCGUCGACAGGCCCACCGAGAUCGCUGCCCUCGUCUCCACCCCACCCACCGCGAGGCUGUUCGCUUUGCUGGCGCAGACCUUCCCUAAAUCAACGGAUUCAGUGGAGGAUCGAGACCCGGCGACUUGGGACUAUAAGAAGCUCCAUCACUAUCUGACAACCGCGACGCGCGAAACAGAUCCAGAUCCAACGUUCGUCGCCAACAUCCGAAAGUGCAUCCUCCCCCGCUCCGAGCUCAUCUGGGAGCGCAUUAAGGGCGCGCUGGGUGUGCCCCCGGAGCUCGACCAUGACGACCCUGCGGAGGCUUCUGAUCUCUCAUCCGAUGAGGGUAUGAAGGCCCGUGGCCACUGGGAGGGGUGGGACACUGCGUGGGAUUCGCCGGUGGUCGAGCGUAAACAGUACUUUGCGGCGGGAGACGCGGUGUCGCCGACACCCCAGGGUGCUUCUCCGGGCGCGCCUGUGACGAUCACGACUCAGGCGGCCUCUCCGCCGGUCGAGGAUGGAUUCACGAGCAGCAGUGAUGACGAACUCGACUCUUCACUCACUGUCGAGACGCUGGUUGCAUCUGGCUCGCCGACGCCCAUUUCUCCGCGGUCACCCGGCCUAGGCCUCAUCACUGAGGCUGACGAGGAGGAGCUGAAUGAGGCCGCAGAUGCGAGCCCGCCGGCGCAGGAGCCUAUCGCGGGCCUCCGGUUCCGCACGAACUCGUCCAAUGCGCCGACUUCGCCCGCGCGCAUGUCAUCGUCGAUCCUCUCCAGCCUGCCCUCCACAUUCUCCGACACCUCGGUAUCUUCCCUCAGCGACGGCCUCGGGCGCAGCUUCACGUCGACGCACUCCCUCUCGCGCUCGCCCGGCAGCGCGCUAUCGUAUUCACCGGAGACGCCGCCGCCGUCCAUCGGCAAGCGGCUGGGGCACCGCAGCAGCUUCGGCAGCUUCGCGAGCAUCCACAGCAUCUCGCUCAGCGAUCGGGGGAGCAUAGGUGGCGAUGGGGGCUAUGGGGGCUUGGAGCGCAAGGCCCCGCUGUUCGUCAGCAGCUUCGCGGGCAUGGGCGCGCGCAGGCGAGGCUAAGCCUCUGACAGUUUCACUCCAUGCAUUUCAUCCUGGAAUAUCGCAUUCAUACACGCGAACUUUUUCCCCACUCUCUUCAAGGACUGUAGAUAUGUGUACAAUUACCGGAGGCGCGGCUGCGCGUCCCAAGGCAAAAUGUAGUAUAAGGGCUUGGUACUGGUAUCAUGUGUCUUUCUGUUUGUAAUUGGUAUGGAAGCUGUGCUUUCCGUGGUCAGACUUGUUGAUUGCCAACGUCGUCCAAGACAGGGUUCGUUAGCUCUGUUGAAAGUGAUUGGUCCUGUGUUAUCAGACAGGGUGGCAAUGCAGCUCGAUUGGGCGCGCAGACGCGCGCAACGUAUUCUGCAU